UGUCCUUGCGUAUUUACAGCGCUAAUUAUUAUUUACAGCUUUUGAUAAGCAAAUUUGUUACUUAUUUGCAACAGUCUGCAGUCUGGCAGCUGGCGAGUGGGGGACAUUCACUAUUAAUAGUCAAAUAUUAGAGCGGAGCGCAGUAUUUGCAUAGCGUUUUUCAAUUUAAGACCCAUGCUUUCGGAAGUUUUCGACCAGUUCUCGCCGAGAAGUUGUCCGGUAAAAGUGUCUCUUGGAUCCAAGAUGGAAAUAUCGCAGCCCAGCAUUGGCAUAUUCUACAUUAGCAAAAUGCUGGCCCUGGCCCCAUAUGCGACGCGAAAGAACUCCAAGGGUCAGUAUGAGAUACGUCGCAGUUGGAUAUUCACGGUGUAUUCGGCCUCCUUGACCGUCACAUUGGUUUUUCUGACCUAUCGGGGACUACUGUUCGAUGCCAAUUCCAAAAUACCCGUACGAAUGAAGUCGGCAACGUCAAAGGUGGUAACGGCCCUGGAUGUGUCUGUUGUUGUGCUGGCCGUUGUAUCCGGCGUUUACUGUGGUCUCUUCAGUCUACGCGAAACCCUCGAACUAAAUGCUCGCUUAUAUAGGGUAAGAGAUCGAGAUAUCCCCCUGAUCCCCAUUUCUUUAGGCACGACGCCCUUCCACCCGCUUUUGUAG